AUGGAUAUUCAAAACCUUUUCAAUGUCAAGGGCAAAGUCGUCCUGGUGACUGGCGGAGCCAAGGGAAUUGGUCGAAUGAUCUCAGAGGGAUAUGUGACAAACGGUGCUACGGUCUAUAUUUCCUCGCGUGAUGAGAAGGCCCUCGAGAAGGCUGUGAACGAGCUCAACGCCCUGGGCAAGGGCAAAGCCUACGCCAUCCCCGCCAAUUUCUACAAAGAGGAGGACUGCCAGAAGUUGGUGGAGGAAUUAAAGAAGCGAGAGAGCAAACUCCAUGUCCUCGUCAACAACUCAGGAUCCAACUGGGGUGCGCCCUAUGACGAGUAUCCGUCCUCAGCGUGGACCAGGGUCCUUACGUUAAAUCUUCACCGUGUCUUUGAUCUCACCCGACUCUUGACGCCGCUCCUCGAGAAAGGAGCCAGUCCUGGAGACCCAGCUCGGAUCAUCAAUAUUGGCAGUAUUGACGGACUUCGUGUCCCCGCUCUGGAGACGUUUGCCUAUAGUGCCAGCAAAGCCGGAUUGCACCAUCUGAGUCGAGUGCUGGCGAACCACCUCGGAAAGAGAAACAUCACAUCGAACACACUUGCUUGUGGUCCUUUCCAAAGUAAGAUGAUGGCAGCCACCCUUGAGAAGUACCGGGAUGUGAUCGAGGCAGGAAUUCCACUGGGCCGAAUUGGUACGCCGGAGGACGUGGCAGGUGCAUGCUUGUUCUUAAGCAGUCGAGCAGGGGCCUAUGUGAACGGAGCAACAAUCACUGUUGAUGGCGGCUGCGUCGUUGCUUCUAAACUGUAA